AUGGCUAGAGCAACAGGAGGCAAAGCUAGAAAGCAAAGACAUGAUCCACUAUUGAAGGAUUUGGAUUCCGCUCAAGGGAACUUGAAGAAAGUCAAGAAUAGAAGAGAUGCCACAGGCAGUGAUGAUGAAAGUGAAUUUGUUGACUCGAAGGCCUCUAGAAAGAUUUUACAAUUAGCCAAGGAACAACAAGAUGAGAUUGCAGAAGAAGAAAAUGUUGAAGCUCAAAUCGCAUCUCAAGAUGCAGCUAGGUUUAAAAGGUUGAAUUAUGAUGAUGAGGAUGAAGAUGAAUCAGAACAAGAGGAGAAUAUCUCCGACUUCGAACCAGAAGAAUUUGGUGAAGGAGAAGAAGAGGAAGAAUUAGUGGAAAUCGAUGAAGAAGAUGCAGCCAUGUUCGAACAAUAUUUCAAGAAACCGGAAGAUUUUAACUCUUUGGGUGGUAGUUAUAAUUUAGCUGAUAAGAUUAUGGCAUCUAUUAGAGAAAAGCAAGAACAAGUGCAUUCCAUGGAGGAUGAUCUAGCAUAUAAGCAAGAAAGUACUAUUGCAAAUGGUUCAACUCCAUCAGCUUUAAGAAAUGGUGAAGGUGUUGCAUUACCAGAGAAAGUUAUUAGAGCAUAUACAACUGUUGGAAGUAUUCUUAAAACAUGGACUCACGGUAAGCUGCCAAAGUUAUUCAAAGUUAUUCCAUCAUUAAGGAAUUGGCAAGAUGUUCUAUAUGUGACCAAUCCAGAAGCUUGGUCACCGCAUGUGGUUUAUGAAGCUACCAAAUUGUUUGUUUCAAAUAUGACUGCUAAAGAAGCUCAAAAAUUCAUUAAUUUAAUCCUAUUGGAACGUUUCCGUGAAAAUAUUGAAACAAGUGAUGACCAUUCGUUGAAUUAUCAUGUAUACCGUUCCUUGAAGAAAUCACUUUAUAAGCCAAGUGCUUUUUUCAAAGGGUUUUUAUUUCCAUUAGUGGAAACUGGUUGUAAUAUUCGUGAAGCUACUAUUGCUGGUAGUGUCUUGGCCAAGGUUUCCGUCCCAGCACUACAUUCUUCCGCUGCAUUAAGUUAUUUAUUAAGAUUACCAUUUUCUCCAGCUACCACAGUGUUUAUUAAAAUUCUUCUGGAUAAGAAAUAUGCGUUACCAUAUCAAACGGUUGACGAGUGUGUCUAUUAUUUUAUGAGAUUUAGAAUAUUAGAUGAUGGUAGUAAUGGUGAAGACGCUAGUAGAACUUUACCAGUGAUAUGGCAUAAGGCAUUUUUAACAUUUGCACAACGUUAUAAAAAUGAUAUAACUCAGGAUCAAAGAGAUUUCCUAUUGGAAACAGUGCGUCAAAGAGGACACAGGGAUAUUGGACCAGAAAUUAGAAGAGAACUUUUGGCUGGUGCUGGUAGAGAAUUUGUUGCUCCAGGGGAAGGAAAUGAUGAUCUAAUGCUUGAUGUAUAA